CUUCUCAGUGUAGCAUUUAUUACGUAGUGGAAUAUUUUUUUCUUGCGACUUUUUAUGAAUUUUAUGAAUUAAGAUGGCGGCGUCCUCUUCUCCGAAUAAUAUCGAUGCAGGUUACGUGCCCUCGGUUAGCUCACCGGAUUACAUAUUCAACUGACGCUGCGUUUUUCUCUCUAUGGCCCAAUAAAUCAACUUGGCCGAGCAAAACUCGGCUCGGUGUGUCAGAAAGUACGGAUUGGUGGAAGAUUGAACAAGUGUCACAUACGGAAUGACAUCCUCCGCAAGGGCGAUCAUUUAUUUGCUAUUCUGGACAUCGUUUCUGGCAUUCGCCGAGGAGUUCACGAAGGAACACAAAGUCCUUUUGGAGAAGGUUUCGAAUCUCCUGGCCCAACAAGAGAUAAAAACCGACGCGAAGAGCGCCAAACCAUCUCUUACUUUGCCGGCGAAAAAAGAGGAAACCGAGCUGGAACGUGCCGAGAGGAUCAACAGGAAUUUCGAAAAAAUGAUUCAGUUCGUCAACGUGCUCGGCCAAGUGGAUAGUUUCAUCUCGGACAGGACCAGAAGCAUCGUCAGGAAAUGGAACGCCCUGUACGAGGUGGACGAGUCGGACAGAUCCCGAAGAAGUCGGAAGAGUUACUAAGCUUUUGCGUAAACAUUUUACGAUUAAUCGCCGCGUGCCCGAGGAAAUAAUUCCCACGGCGGUUUAAAGGACACUUGGAACUCCCAAUAAAAGAUUCCACGUCCUCGAAAACGAAAUAUUUGACAACGUUCCUCAGAAAACGUCGCAAACCGCCGUCUGUUUACCCCGUAAAAUGCCUCGCUUUGUUUCGCUGUUCACAUAAUGUUCCCGUCGCGAUGUCGCAUAACAUGGAUUGGCAAACAAUAAAUUUUUCCUUACA